CUGGUGGUAGGUAACGUUUGGCCUGCCACCCCCAGUGCUGGCUAUGGCAUUUAGACUGGCGGGUGUCCUCUUCAAGUAUUUGCGUGGCCGAGCAGUACUACUAGUACUAGCAUACGGAUGACAAUACUCAGUGGCUCCGUACUGCGUUCAUAGUCCGUGACUUUCUGUGCUGCACGCUUCGCAUCUAUUGCAUAUACCCUACAGACCGCCAACAUCGCCAGCCCACGGAGCAUAUGCUUAGCAUGCAGUCGGGACCAGUUGUCCGCUUGGAGUACCGCAAAGAAUUCCUCACAUAGAGAAGGCGAAUUCCAUACCACACACAAAACGUUACACACACACGUGCACACACAAGUCAUGUCGUCCUUGUCGAGAAUAUCCGCUAUAAAGAGCUGAACUGGGGACUGUAGCACCAUUACAACCAAUCUUGACCGAACCGAAAAGUUUUAGUGAGAAUAUUUUCCAAUUUCCAAUUGAACAACAACCUUCCCCCGUCCUUCCUUCCUUCCUUUAGCGACCACCUCUGCGGUGAUGGCCCGUCAUCAACCAGUGAGCGCCUAUCUUACCAACAAUCAUACCCCCACUCCGUGUGGUGUACGUUGCUUUCCAGCUCCACAACGAAUGGAGUCGGUAGGCAAGCGCAGAAUGUCUCAUGACGGCAAGCUGGCCAGCUUUCUGCUGAAGACCAACAACACCAUGAACACUGGCUCCAGCAACGCAUCAGCAGCAGCAGCAGCACCAGCCACCGGUGGGUUCAACACUUUCUCAUCUAAACCGAACAAUAUCCACCACACCCCCUUCCAUCCUCAGCUCAGCCAGGCUGAACUGGCCGAAGUGUGCGGUGGUGAUGCUGCGGCGGCAGCAGCGGCGGCGGCGGCUAAUCAAACCAAUAGCGGCGUGAUGCGAUCACUGGAGCUGGAUGGUGUUAUUCGCCUGUUGAAGAUGUACGACGAGGCGUCUGGACCGGAGAUCGUCUGCUGUAUCUGUGGCAAGCCGUACAAGAGUAAAGUAUGCUUUACCAAGCACAUCUGGGAGCACAGCGUAUACUGGGACAAGUUCGACGGCUUCAAGAAUCACGAGCGCGUCUUGUCCAUCCAGGCAGCCAUUAUCCUAACCCAUGCCCAGGAUCUCUCCUUUCUGCUGGUCACCGGCCCGAACAUCGAUAAGAAGCAACAACAGCAACAGCAACGACAACAGCAACAACACCAGCAGCAAGAACAGGAGCAGCACAUCAGUCUUAUCAUUGAAGAAGAGGAAGAGGGGGUAAGUCCCCGCGUCUCAGUAGUUACACCGCCUCUCAGUGGACGCCACCAUACAACUAGCAUUAGCGAUAUUGGCCUUUUUCAAGAGCAAGUGCAGGAGGAGGAGGAAGAAGAAGAAGAGGAGAGCCUCACCACAACUCCACCGCAAUCGUCACCGAGUUCUUCAGAGCUUUCAGACCAAAGCUCAUUGGUUUCCGAGCAGAGCAGUGAUCUGAUGCAGACGUCACCGCCCACCAGAUCCAGUUCUCCAUCAGCAAUAUCGGCACUUACAUUCCUACCCAAGAAGCGCCGUCGCUUUCACAUUGACCUUGAGAGUGGCUCAGACCGGUCACGUCGCUCCGUCUCGUCGUCCUACUCGUCAUGAGAGAGCCGGAGUAAGAGAACCUCUAGUUUUACUUCCUAGGAUGUGUCCCUACAAAGGCUACAUGCAGUUUAUCAUCACAGAUAUCUAUUGCCUAGUAUUCGUCACACUGGAGUGACCACACACUAUUUUAUUACAAUUUUUACUUUUACAAUCACCAUGAUCACGGUACAUGAUAGUACAUCAUGUACAUCAUGCACUUUCAUAAAUUUUUUCAAACAGUCUGACGGAUCUUGACAAACAAUGACAAUCGGGCUGCAGGGUAGGCCGUGACAUGUACCUGAACACUACUAGUAUGGAGUAUUCUCUCGCGGGACGAGACAAUGACCCACAAAUUAUUUAGCAUCUUGCUUAUAACUGUUAGUGUUGGACACAAACUACGGAUAACAUGUCACAUUUUAGUCGUUUCUUUUUGAAUUAUUUAGCGCUGGCCUUUCACUUCAGUUUCAUAAUCAGCAUAUCUGGCAGCACCGACUGACUUGCUACCAUUGACCACAUAACAUUGCAUUUAGUGAGAUUAGUUACAGUUAUGUAGCCUAUUGUUACUUGUACAUGUACAUGUAGCCUUGUAGGUUCAAAUAUUAGACGUUAGCUUUAGCCUCAGAAUCAUCGUGACUUUAUAUUAUUAGUUCAGCUUAGCCUUGACUGCCCUUGAAAAUGGACUUCUCUUGAUACCCUA